AUAGUUUUCCCUUUUUGAUUGCCGUAGAAAUUGCAGAAGUCACUGCAAUCAUAACACACUAAACUGAGUUCCAAAAGAAGCAUGGCUCUCUUCAAAGCGACCAUCUUUGCAUUGCUCGUGGCUGUAGCGAUUGCCCAUCCAUACCCAUCCAGAUAUCACGGACUGCUGAGGGUUAAGAGACAUGAGCACAACAUCCGGGAAUUAUUGUUUGGGCUUCAGACUCCCCCAAUUGAAAAGACUGGCUUAAAGAAAGAAUUUGAAACCACCAAAAAAGGCGAUGAAAAAUUUGAAACCCCCGAAGAAGAUGAUCACUACAGGCUGAUGGAGAAAGUUAAAAAAAUCCUUGAGCGCUUGAGAAACGCGGCGGCUGUACAUGUGAUGGCAAAAAAGGAAUAAUAAAGAAUAAAUGCAGUACCCAUGCCUCAAGCUCUUGUCCCAAUAGCGGCAAGAGAUGCUGUGUGUAUGGAAAGGGAAAAUAACCAUUCAUUUGUGUAGACUUUUCACACUUCAUGCGAUCUUUUUAAGUACAUUUUAUUGGUUGUUUAAGUAAGCAUUGUCUUACCAACAAAGCAGUGUCAUUAUUAUAAUGAUAUAUCUCCGCCUUGA